UUUUGUUUGCAAUAUUAUUUUUAUUAUGAUUUUGGAAAAACUUCUUAUUGACCAGCGUAUGCAAACGCAAAAUCUUGUACAUAUGCUGCAAAACAGAGAAUCGGGCUUUACACGUAUAAAACUAAGUCAAAUGCCUCAACUAUCAUACGAGCGCCAAUUUUACAAAGCAAUUACUCCUUGUCUUACCGUUGGAAUAUCUAUCCCUCCUGUUUAUCUACGCAAAUUUACGCCGGACGGUAGUCAAUUGUUGGGGUUCUCUCUUGAUCAGCGUUCGUUUAUAGUAUUCUCAUAUAAGGGCAUCGGCUCAGCCGGCGUAAGUCAGUUGUUCAGUGAUGCUGGCGUGGGCAGUAGCGAAACUCUCAGUGGGAUACAUAGUCAACAGUUAAGAAGUACAGUAUUUGAGAAGCUUUUUAAAACGAAAUUUGCGAUGCGCCUGUGUCAAGGUGAAUCGGCACGUUUCUACCUGCACCGAGAGUUUAGUGUUUUCCUCGACAACAGUCGUUAUGUGCUUCUUGCCGGGAUGUGCGUGCUUCAAGGCUACAAUCUGGCUGUCUCUGAAUACGAACGCUAUCCCGAUGUCUUUGACACGGUGGAUCCCUUCUCCUAUAUAUUCUAUGUGGUGGACCUGCAACAGGGCGUUGUUACGGACGAAGUGCUUUUGCAUCAGGAGUCAAUUUGCUUAUCCCACAAUCAUGGCAUAUCAGUGCAUGGACAUACUAUAGCAAUCUUAUCGCGUUUGCGGCAGUGUAUUUAUAUAUAUGAACUGGUUGACGGCCGACUUAUUAAACAGGAGCACGAAAUAGGUCCGAGGCCCCUCCAUUGCUGCUUUCAGGAUGUUUCGUCAAUGUUUAUGGUUAUGCUGGAUGUGAACACCUUGUUGCCAAUAACGCACAUUAAGCAGCGAGUGCUAAGCUUUCUCUAUCGCCAGAUCGAAGCAGAUUGCCCUCAAGCGAGUCAAAAAUAUCAGGAGUUCUACAAAAACUUUGAAUUCGUGAGAAUCGAAAAUAUGAUAAUUGAAAAGAUGCAGCUAGUGGACAACGAUCUGUUAUUAUUGCGUUAUGAAGAACGACCAAAGGACAGCAAUGUCCCGCAUAUCCUGCUGACGAGCGAGCCACAGGCACCGCGACGACUCUAUGUCUUUUAUAGCAUGAACAGCGAGGAUGUCUUGGGCGUCUACCAUGACGAUUCCAUCGACCUGUUGCAAAUAGUUGUGCAAUUCAACGAUAAAUUGUGUAAUGUGCGCUCUCUCCAAACAGGCGAUGCACCCUCGUCAGCCUCCUCGCAAUUCUUUAUGCAGCAGAAUUGGAAAAACAGCAGUCAAUCGUUGCCUUUCAUGCGUCAGGCAGCAUUGCGUUACAAUCCCACUGUGCCUAUCAGCACACAGAGCUUUUCAACGUCGCCAUAUCUUAAUCACAAUGUGUUCAACUAUGAUAAUUUAUCCAUCUCCCCGUUGGAACGUCCCAAAGCCUGUUCUACAGAGCCGAUUGUAUUUCGGGAUCGUGCUACCAAUUUAAUAAAGUUUCGGUUGAACAUCAAGGCGCAAAGGCUACCCGGUCAAUUCACUCCACGCGAGCUGUGCGCCUUCAUCUGUCAUCCGUUCGAGCCCUUGGUAAUUAGCAUACAGAAAUGUAUGCAUGUUUAUUCCUAUAAAUUACACAUUUACAACCACGGAACAAUUGUUCAACAGUUUUACAAUUAAAUGUAAAUUUAUCUGUCAUUCAAGUAUAUGUAUAAAGUGUUAA